UUGGGACGCCAGGUGCCGGUACGGACCUACAACGACUGGAACAAGCCCCCACCGGGCUACCUGGAGAUCGACUUGGUGGCCCACUGCGGCGGUCCAUUGUCCGGUUCCUUCAUCCACAGCCUGGUGGUGACUUACGCCUGCACCGGCUGGACCGAGGCCGUUCCCCUGCUGGCCAGGGACCAGGGCCUGGUCCUGGCGGGCCUGGAAGCCAUCCGGCGGCAGCUGCCCUUUCCCAUCCUGGGCAUUGACUCCGACAACGACGGCGCCUUCAUCAACGAGACCCUGUUGGCGUGGACAUCUCAGCAAGGGAUCGAGUUCACCCGUUGCCGGGCCUACCGCAGCAAUGACCAGGCCUACAUCGAGCAGAAGAACGGGGCCGUGGUGCGCCGCUUCGUGGGACAUCACCGCUACUCGGGUCCGCUGGCUGGUCAGAUGCUGGUCCAACUUUACCAGUCCCUGCGACUGUACGUGAAUUACUUCCAGCCCUCCUUCAAGCUGGUGGAGAAGAACCGGGAGGGCUCAGCCACGCUCAAACGAUCUCUGGCUGCUGGGGCUUCGCUGUAG